AUGCUGUUCAGAGAAACUGAAGAAGGCUGGGUGGAAGAUGCAAAAUUGGAGGGCCAUUCUGACUGGGUACGGGAUGUAGCUUGGGCUCCCAGCCUUGGUAUGCUGUAUCCAACUAUUGCUUCCUGCUCCCAAGAUCGUCGGGUCAUAGUCUGGAAGGAGAUCCAAGGGUCUUGGGUACCUCAGGUCCUUCAUGUCUUUGAGGACGUCUUGUGGCAUGUGUCUUGGGCACUCACUGGCAAUAUCCUUGCUGUGAGUGGAGGAGAUAACAAGGUGAGCCUUUGGAAGGAAACCCUCGAUGGUGAUCAGUGGGUCUGCAUAAGCAACCUCUCCAAGGGUGAACAGUGACUACAUCCUUCUAUAUUUUUCAAUUUCAAGAGUUCUCUGCCAAAGUGCCCAGAUAUAUAAUUUAAGCAAAAAAUGAGCAGUAGUAGAGAAGGAGGUUCUCGCCGCCAUUACCCCAGUGGAAGUGGAAGUGGUAGUGGUGUUGGCUCAGAAAGAAGUCCCCCAACUCCUGAAGUGGAAAUUUCUACCCUCUCCAGGACAGUUCCUUGUUAUCCAAUUGCACGAGGCUCAUCGGGGCCCAUGUUGAAUCCAACCUGGGGCCAGUUUUAUAGACCUGAGUUGACACAGCAUGUUCAAAUGAACCAUAGGGAGUACCUGGAAAAGCAGAUCAAUCGGUUGGCAGAUGAUUCUCAUGCCCUGCGCCUUCAGUGUAGGAAAGUGUCCAUCGAUUUGAAGAUGACCCGUUCCCUUGUGAGAUUAGCUGAAAUUCAGGCCACCCUCCAAGAACAGCGGAUUCUCUUUCUGAGGCAACAAAUCCAUGAACUGGAAAGCAUGGGUUCCUGCACAUCUAAUUCCUAUCACAGUCAUGGAGACACUUGACAUUUGAGAUCCUCUUCCUUUUUCUCUGCUUGUCUAUAUUGUUUAUUUUGGUUUCAACUGAAAAAUAAAAAUUCAUUGUGA